ACUUAGGAAGGCACCACUCAGACACUUCUGCGUUAAACAAUUUUAAUUUCGAAACAAAACAUGCUUGGAAUUGUCACAGUACUCCUGGAGAUGUUCUCCUCAUUGAUCUGUACAUUUAACCCUCAGACAGUGUUUGUUAACUAGGUAACAGAACAAUUGAUUAAUUCCUCAGAGUAACACGAGCAUAUACGGCGAUAGGAAAAAGUCCUUAAAAAUUCAUACAACGAUAUUCACAUGAAUGGCAAUAAAGAAACACGUCCUGAAGGCAAAAGUAUACGGCAAUGAAUUCAUUGGCAUGAUUAUGUAAUUAACGAAAUGUCUUGGAACAAUGGUGUGCGGCAGUAUGCCUGCUUCAGCAAAUACUUAUCAAUUGGCUAAGGCUGCAAUAAAUUCGCGGGCAGAUUCUGUGAUCAAAAGGAAGAUUUUAACACAAUGUUCUCCCUGUGAGUGUGUAGAUUCGUAACCUAGGUUUCUAAACGUUUAGUUUUCAUCUGAAUUAAUUGGUAAUAUUUAUGCAAAUAACAGAAACAUAACUACUAAAAUAAUUCUAAACGACCUUAUCCACGUAACCCAAUGGCAGCCAUGUUUUUCGUUAUCAGCUAAUAGUUGACACACUUAUCAUGAGUCUUCUUAUUAUUAGUCCAGGUAUGUGUUAUGUGUGGUUUGUCUCCUUGAUCAAUUCUUUGCGUCAAGCAGAUGCCAGGCGAUGCGUUGUAAUGUGUGAGUGUAGGCGUAUCAUACAGACAGCUUGGUCUCUUUCUCACGGGCGGCCGCAGUUUCUGUCCACGACGCUCGCCGUCGGUGCGCGAUAAUCCCGUCGUCAGAUAGCAUCGGCAGCUUGUCCGCUGGCAGCUGACACCCUUGCUUGGCAACGCUGGUUACGCUGCAGCGUGCUCUCUUCUGCUCCGUGCUCUCUGGCGGUGCCGAUUGCGUGUGAAUCGGGUUCUCUGCGAUGCUGGCUUGGUCGAUGCUUGGCGCUUUCUGCCCUUUCUUGAGGUUGAUUGCUUGACGUUGCUCGCCAUCGCAGAACUCUUCUGUAGCUGGCGGUUGACUUCUGUAGCUGACGGUUCUCUUCUGUAGCUGAUGGUUGUCUUCUGUAGCUGAUGGUUGUCUUCUGUCGCUGGUCGCAGUGUAGCUUGUCACAGACUUCUGUAGCUGAUGGUUGUAGUGUCGAUGUAUGGGUCGUGUCUCUGUUUUUAUGUGAAAUUCUCUCCCCUCGGCUCGCCUUUUCACAAAGGACCAGAACUUCCUUUGAUUUCGCUCUCAGCCUGUGGGAACAGCUGUUUUUCCGGGCUGUGUUCUAAUUUUAUUGAAGUAAUAUAAGUUUCAUCAAGGCCUGGUUCCUGUCGCCUUCCUCAAGCCAUCCCGCCUUAAAAUGAAAACAGAUGCCCCAGAUUGCCCCCAAGUGUGUCCUUCUUCUUCAACCCUCUGCAAUAAUUAAUCUGGAAGGAGGGGGGUUUCCCCCUGUCCGGUCGCAUUCUCCCCCCUCUUCUCUUCCCUCCCGGUAUUAUAUUCUUUUGCCUCUCACAAAGGGGUGUGUUGUGGCUUUUGAAGUUGUAUUCUGUUGUAUGGUUUGGAAGUUCAACAUUUUAUUUUACCUCUUAUAGCUUGAUACCAUACCGCUUUGUAGUUCUGAUUCUGCAAGUGACUCAAGUGUUGGCCAGGAGGGUGGGGGAGCGCAAUGGAUAUGGGCGUGACUCUGCUGGUGACAUUCGUCCUGAUGGCAGGACCUGCGUGGAGCCAUGGGGAUUACAUCUUCAGCGGCUGCCAGAUAAGAGGAGACAGAGCCGACUGCUCACACCUGGGCCUGCACUCUGUGCCUGAAUACCUCCCAGUCACCAUAGCCUCUUUGGACAUGUCCUACAACCAGAUCUCUAGCAUUCAGAGAGAGCACCUGUCAGCACUUUCACAUCUAAAAUCUCUCAAUGUGGCCUUCAACCAAAUAUUAAGCAUUGACUCCUUGGCUUUCUCAAAUAACUCUGCUUUAGAAGACAUUGACUUGAGUAAUAACAGAUUACCAGGAGCAUGGGAUGACUCAUUUGCUCUUCUCAAGUCUGUAAGGUAUCUGGACGUCAGUAACAACUCCUACAUUUAUUUAGAUAUUCCAGGUUCCUUCACACUUCUCAAGACUCUGCAUCAUCUGAAGGUUGGGGGUCUGAAUGUCACUAAAAUUCAGCAAAGUAUCAGCGAGACAAUGGAACUGGAACAUCUCUCCAUUGUGACUGGAGACCUGAGCAUCUACACUCCAGGAUCCCUCUCAGCAUUCCGCAGUCUACAGAGUGUGACUCUGGCCUUGAUCUUGCGCACAAACAUUUCGCUGCUCACUGGCAUUAUCUGUGAUGUCUCCGGUAACAGUGUGGAGUUGCAAUUGGACUUCCUUGAUUUUACUAAUUACUCUGGCGACGUAAACCCUUUUGAAUGUGUUUCUAAGCAACACAGCAUUCUAGAAAUAUUCAAUGUAUCACAUUUGCAAGUAACAAUCCCGACCAUUGUCUUUCUUUUCACAAGCAUCAUUCGUUCUAAUAAACUAGUUGCAGUGAACAUGCGGCACAUAUAUUUUAAUGGCCUUAGUGCGUUUCCAUGGAAAAUUUUGCCAAGUGCAAACAUAUCUGUACGUCACCUCCUCAUAGAGGGAAUAUACAAUCCAAACUUUCAUGGUAUUUUCUACGUAAAAAACAUAAAUGCACUUUCCUCAAAUCUAGAAUCUUUGGUCGUGACUGAUGCUAGCCUUAUCAGCCUUGGAUGUGACAUUGUAAAUAACUUUGGUAAUCUAUACUUACUUGACAUAUCAAAUAACAAACUAAAUGAAAAUUCUGUAUGUGGAAAGAUACACUCUGCAAACCUUGAUAAACUCAACAAGCUAAUUCUGCGCAAAAAUAUUUUCACUUCCCUUGAUACAGUUGGUGCCAUGUUAAAAAACUUACUGUCUCUGACAUCGUUGGAUGUGUCUGAGAAUAGGCUACGCAAGAAUGGAGAGUCAGGAUGUGAGUGGCCUUUGAGUUUGAAAUUCCUUAAUGUGUCCCGUAAUUUCCUAAAAGGAAAUGCAUUUAACUGUCUGCCCACAUCACUGCACUCGCUGGAUAUGAGCAACAAUAAAAUUCAGAAUAUCGACUUUAAAUUGAUGAAGUUUGAAAAGCUCAAAGAGCUGUACUUGAGUAAUAACAAGCUGAGCACCUUCCCAGUUGAGCUGCCCAAGGCUCUGCCCUGGCUGAAGGUGCUGACGAUCGCUGGGAACACAUUGUUGACAAUGGAUCCCUCUGUCCUGCACGGUCUGGGUAAUUUCACCUUACUAGACAUGAGGGGAAACCCAUUCUAUUGCACGUGUGACAUCCGCCACUUUAUCACCUUCUGUGAGAAUUCUUCACCAUUGCGCAUUGAAGGAUGGCCAGCUGACUACCAAUGCUCAAAUCCAGAGGAUGCAAUUGGUAAACAGCUGUCCUCGCUCUCCUUCCCGACACUCUACUGUCACACAACACUAAAGAUAGUGAUAGCUUGUGUUACCACAUUCGUUUGCACCGCUCUCCUGGUCGGGCUCUGUUGGUACCUAGAUGCACUGUGGUACGUACGCAUGAUGUGGGCCUGGCUCCAAGCCAAGCGACGGAAUUUCCUCUCAGAUUCGGAUGAAAAUGCAGUCUACGAUGCGUUUGUGUCAUACAGCCAGUACGACGCAAUCUGGGUAAUGGAGAAACUCCUGCCUGAGCUGGAGUCGCAUUCAGUACCACCGUUCCGACUGUGCGUGCACGAGCGGGACUUUGUCCCCGGCCGCGUCAUCAUGGACAACAUCAUUGACUGCAUCGAGCAGAGCCGGAAGACUCUCUUUGUCAUCUCGCGGAGCUUUGUGGAGAGCGAGUGGUGCCACUACGAGCUGUACUUUGCACAGCAGCGCCUCAUGGAGAGCCGUGACGGUGCUCUGGUGCUCGUUCUGCUGGAGCCCAUCCCACGUGACUCGGUGCCCAGCCGCUUCUGCCGGCUGCGUCGCCUAAUGGCGCGCAAGACCUACCUGGAGUGGCCUGUGGAGCAAAGCAAGCAGGCCCUCUUCUGGGCAAACCUACGAGCCACGCUCAGCUGUCAGAGAGAGCAGGAACCCCAAAACCUUGAAAUUGUUGUACAGUGCGUCCCCGCUUAAUACGGCGGUUGCGUUCGUGAAAACUGCUGCGUAGAUUCGCGUGAAGUUGGAGUCAUUUUCCCACGGUGAAUGUCGGGGUUUCCGUUCCAGCCGAUCGUGUUAUUUUUGUUUUCAUUUGACAGUACAAUACACUGUUCUCCAUGUUUUCUAA